CUUUGCUUUCCAGACAUGCAGCUCAUCCUUCCCUCCUCCCCCUCCCCUGAUGCAGAGGAAAUCCAGUCUGAAAUCCGCAGCAGUCAGUGGGAGCACCUGGGCAACCAGGCAACUGGCACCAUAACAAAGCGGCUGGGGACUGGGAGCGGGCAGAGGUGAGGGGGGAGCCGGGGCGCACAAGGGGCUCUGACCUGCAGGGGAGGAGGGAGCGGAAUGAGCUGUCCCUUCAGCACCACCGCUCCGUGUCAUUCCCACUGUGCGCCUAUUCCUCCCGCUGUUUGCAGGGCGGGCAGCAGGGUCUUUCCCAACAGGUCUGGCACACCGGGACCCCUGGCACACCGGGACCCCUGGCACACCGGGACCCCUGGCACAUCGGGAAGCCAUCAUGCACACACACGGGGAGAGUCUCUGCAAGUUGGGCUGCUGGGUACCGUGUCGUUUCUUCUAAACUUCAAGCAAUUAGAGAUGGACUCAAGCAGACAGAGUGAGGGCUCAGUAUGACUGGGGAGAUCCUGAUGGGGCUGCCCGACACCGGCUUUGAGGACACAGAGAUCAGUAUCAAUGUCGGAGGUUAUAAGAAGAGACUACGGUACGACACUUUGCGGAGGUUUCCAGAAACCAGACUUUGCAAGCUGCUAGCCUGUCGCUCCAAGGAAUCCAUCCUGGAACUGUGCGAUGAUUAUGACGAUACAAAGAAUGAGUUUUACUUUGACAGGAACCCAGAGCUGUUCCCCUACGUGUUGCAUUUCUACAACACAGGCAAACUGCAUGUCAUGGGGGAGCUUUGCGUCUUCUCCUUCUGCCAAGAGAUUGAGUACUGGGGGAUCAACGAAUUCUUCAUAGACUCCUGCUGUAGCUACAGUUAUCAUGGGAGGAAAGUGGAACCUGAGCAAGACCAGUGGGAGGAGAACAGCGAGAGGGAAAGCACCACGUCUUCCUUUGAUGAGAUCUUAGCCUUCUACCAUGAUGCUGCCAAGUUUGACAGGCAGCCAUUGGGGAACAUUAGGAGGAGACUUUGGUUGGCUUUGGAUAACCCUGGCUACUCCAUCCUGAGCAGAAUAUUUAGCAUCCUUUCCAUUUUGGUAGUCCUUGGAUCUAUUGUGACCAUGUGCCUCAACAGCUUGCCAGAAUUCCAGGUGGUCAAUGCCAAUGGCAGUGUAGAAGAAGACCCUCGGUUCGAGAUAGUGGAACAUUUUGGGAUAGCUUGGUUCACUCUGGAACUGGUGGUGCGCUUUUCAGUCUCCCCUGACCUAAGCCUGUUCUUCAAACACCCACUGAACAUUAUAGAUUUCAUAUCUAUAGCUCCAUUUUACAUUACGUUGAUAGUCAAUCUGGUAGUGGAGAGCAGCCCGACUUUAGUAAAUCUGGGAAGAGUGGCCCAAGUACUCAGGCUUAUGAGGAUCUUUCGCAUACUGAAACUUGCCAGACAUUCUACUGGCCUGAGGUCUCUAGGGGCCACACUGAAGUACAGUUACAGGGAAGUGGGGCUGCUGCUGCUCUAUCUGUCUGUUGGGAUUUCAAUAUUUUCAGUUGUGGCUUACACUAUAGAAAAAGAAGAAAACGAUGGGCUAGCCACCAUUCCGGCCUGCUGGUGGUGGGCCACAGUCAGCAUGACUACCGUAGGGUACGGAGAUGUAGUGCCAGGCACCAUCGCUGGCAAACUUACCGCCUCUGCUUGUAUUUUGGCGGGUAUCUUGGUUGUAGUCCUUCCCAUUACCUUAAUAUUCAAUAAGUUCUCUCAUUUCUACCGAAGGCAAAAGCAACUUGAGAAUGCAAUGAGAAGCUGUGAUUUUGGUGAUGGGGUGAAAGACGUCCCAUCUGUAAACUUAAGGGAUUACUAUGCUCACAAAGUAAAAACUCUCAUGGCGAGCCUCACUAACAUGAGUAAGAGCAGUCCGAGUGAACAAAGUCUGACUGACUCCAUUCAGUAGGCCAGAGUAAAGGCAGUGUCUCCAGUAUACCCAGGGGCAUCCAAUCCUGCAAUGAUAGUGACGUGUCUCUAUGUAAGAGUUGCCCCUCACUGUUUGAGGCAGAGCCAUAGGCAGAGAAUAAUGUGGGGGGGCUUAGUUCCCCCAAAACAACACCAACUACUAUAUAUUCAUGUAUAUAAUCAUUGGUUCUCCAAUGGCAAGCCUUUCAAUGGUGGGCUUCCCAAACAAAAUAUUCACCCUCCUCCACUGGGCAAAGCCUUGAGCCCUCUCCCUGUAUUGGGAUUGUACUUACUAUAUGGAGCGAUGAGGGCGGGGGCCACUAAUACAAAAGGUAAUAAAAAGCAAAGCAAAACACAAUGAUUAAAGUGGCCAGUAGCACCACAAAUAAUGAAAUUGCCUUUAGAAAUGUCUGUAUACCAUAAUAUGUGUAUUUAGAAAUACAUUAGGUUUUUGCCAUUGGGCCACUCAGAUCCUUUCCACAUGGUACCAAGGCAACAGAUCAGAGCAGAAUGGGGAAAGUAGAAUCUAUGGAGCUGGCAGGCAGUUAAAGGGGCGGUUCUCUUUUUAGUUAAGUUUUAUUGUGUUAUAGAAAGGCCAAUUCUAAGCAACAUUCCAAUAAGUCUUUGCUAUUUAUUUGCCUUCAUCUUCUAACUCUU